AUAAGAAAUGGCUCCACUUAACCCAGAGGAGAACUUAUCAGACCCAAAACUGCCAAAGUUCAAAGAUCAAGUUUUUGACGAUAUCAAGAGAUCCUGUCGGUCAGCAGACAAACUUUGGACGGAUCCUGAAUUCGGUCCAAAUGAAAGGUCUCUGUGGGAGGAAACGCCCAAGAUGGAUAACAUAGAAUGGAAGCGUGUCCAUGACAUUAGCAAAGAAGCACGACUCUUCAUCAAGGGUCACAGCGAGGAUGACGUCCGGCAAGGAUACAUUGGUGACUGCUGGUUUGUGGCGUCCGUAGCUUGCUUCGCUCUGCAAGACUCUCUCGUCAAAAAGGUUAUCCCGAGUUACGAGAAACAAGAGUUGAACUCGGAGGAUUACUGUGGUGCCUUGUUGUUCCGAUUCCACAGGUUUGGAGAAUGGAUGGAGGUGGUGGUGGACGACUAUCUGCCCACAAGGAACGGUAAACUUGUCUUUAUGUUCGGCAAGAAUCCUAACGAAUUCUGGGCUGCUUUUUUGGAGAAAGCCUAUGCUAAGUUAGCAGGUUGCUACGGAGCAUUAUCUGGUGGAGCAUCAGCUGACGCCCUUAAUGACCUCACAGGUGGAAUCAGUCAGAAGAUAGACUUCUAUGACGUGGGACGCAGUUUUAGUGCCCGUGUGAAAGUGUACAAGCAGCUCCAGAAGGCGCUGUCUCGUGGCGCACUAGUUGGUUUGGGUAUCCAGAUGAUGGAGGGGGAAGGAGUGGAGGCAAGCAGAGACAACGGUUUGUUUGCUGGACAUGCUUACAGCCUACUCAGGUGCUUUGACCUACCGUUAGAAUCUCUUGGUAUUGAUGGUAAGCGCGAGCUGGUCAAGGUAAGGAACCCAUGGGGUGAGGCAGAGUGGAACGGCAGUUGGGGGGAUGACUAUGUAUUAUGGUCGGUCAUCGCAAAAGCAGAUAAGGAUGCUUUGCAGUUUACAAACGAAGACGAUGGAGAAUUCUGGAUGGAGCUUGAUGAUCUGAUGGACAACUUCAACAACAUGACCAUCUGUAGGAUGAUAAACACAGAUCCUAGCGGUGGAGAUGAUUGUUGGCACCAAGCCCAAGUCAAAUCAGCCUGGAUACCAGGUUCUACGGCCGGGGGUUGCACCAAUUAUCUGGACACCUUCUUCACUAACCCGCAAGUACAGUUCAAGAUAAAUCACCAACACGACGAGACGGUGCAGAUAGUCCUGGAACAGAAGGACAUGAGAAUAUCGGAGAAGGAUAACAUGUCCAUCGGUUACAUGAUCUUUAAGGUGGCGGAUGAUAACACGGAAAAGGUGGAUUCUGUGAUGGAUAUUCUGGAGAUCCCAGCUAGCACCAACUUAAUUAAUAAACGUCAGCUGUACAAUAAGUUUGAGCUGGAUGUUGGGACCUACGUUAUCAUACCCUCUACCUUUGAUCCUAAUGUGAAGGGAGAGUUUCUCCUCAAGAUUUUCACUGAGAAUGAAGCUUACGUUACUGAACUGCAUUAGGGAUAUGAGAACUCAUUGUUUAUUUAAACUUGGAGUUAAAGACAAUUGUUUCACAAUUCUCUGUUAUGAUCUAUAAUUUCUGAACUCGUUAAACUUGAAAUAUCUUUUGAUUAUAAUCUAUCUUAUGAUAUUUAUUCCGGGUUUACUUUUAUUGACCGUUAAACUUUGUUUUUGAAAUGGUGCUUAUUGUGUAAAAAAUAGGCAACAAUUAUUAAUUAUUAAUAUUACCUUUUGCCACUUGGGAGGAAGAAAAUUACACACUUGAUUUCUAGGAUGUAUAAUUGUAAUGAAAAAUAUAUAAAAAUACUUAUCAAAUAUAUAAUUGUCUGAUUUUUACGUUACAAAUUAAUAAUAUCAAAGCGCUUCUCUAGCUCUAGG